GAAAAAAGUGGAUAAGGCUGUGCUCGUCCCCGCCUUCACUUCCCUCUCGCUGCUUUUUGCCUCCUGCAUCGAUUCUUCGCAGGUUGAGAAAAAUUAAAUGGCCUCCGCCGCCAAUUCUGGUCCGCCAUUUUCGGUGGAGACUUGCUGCUUUAGAAGAAGAAGAAGAGGGACAAGAUCACAUGUGGUCUCUUUGUCCUUUGUUUUUCUCCAUUUCUUCGAUCAAUCCAAAGUGUCUCAUAGAUCCAUCAACAAACUUACGGCGGCGGCCGCCACGUCGCCGCGGGCCGCACACGCCGGACAUUACCCCACCCGCUUUAGGACAACAAAGCAACAAAAGUUGCCAUCAUCGUUGCGUAUGAUCAGAAAUUGCAGCGAUGGAAGUGAAAGUGCAAUGGCGACCGAAGAAGAAUCCGAGGCACCAAUGGAGGUUCCCCAAGGGCCUCCGUCGCUUAUAUCCGCGCUCAAUGUGGAGAAGGCGUUGCGCGGCAUUGCCAUCACCGACGUCGAUCAUUAUGGGAGACUUGGGCUCAGAAGCGGAUGUUCUUACGAGGAGGUCGAUGUCGCGUACAAAAACAAAAUAGCGGAAGCGACGAACAAAGGGCUGUCCGAGGAAGAACUUGGCAAGGAGCUCGAGCUUCUGAAGGAAUCUCACGACAUAUUAUCAUCCGUGGAGGAGCGACGGAUGUAUGAUUGGAGCUUGGCGAGGAGCGGUAAACCGGAGAAAUAUAUGUGGCCUUUCGAGGUCGAUAUCACUCAAACUCCCACCGCCAUCCCUCCUCCUCGGGAGCCUGAGGAUGAAGGGCCGACGAGGCUGGUUGGAUACUUCAUGCUGUCUUGGUUGUUGCUAUCAUUUGUGUUGUAUAUUGUCUUCAAUCGUUGAUAUUGGUGUCGAUUUUAUUGUAAAAUAUUGGCAAAAUUAGAAAAUAUUGGAAACUUAAUCGAUGGUAUAUAUUAAUUCUUAUAGCGGCGGAUUGGGUA